UUUUGGCCUGAGCAGGCGACGGUGAGGCGGCCCGUCCGUAUCCCCUCCACCCAGAAGUUUCCUUUUUCAGGCUGCUCGUUCCGACACCUAUCGCAGCCUCCUUCUCCGCUUUACACUUUGGCGAUUUCUUGCUGCUCGCGUCUCGCUCUGUGUCGGCAUCUCUGGCUGCUGGCUACGGUGGUGAGUCUAUGGCCAGGCGAGCAAUCAAGGAGCUCUACAGCGAGCUGGGUCUCCUGCGCCAGGAGCUCUCUGUCCUUCAGCAACAGAUCCGAUCGUCUACACGGGCGAGGCUUGUGCUGGACGCGCUGGUCCCAGAAAAGACGGGACAGGAGAAUCAACCGUUCACCCUCUCGGUCACGGAGGCCGGCAUGGAGAUGGCUGCCGCCGACAAAAUGGAGGUGAAGAGCUCCUACAGCUUGCCGUCCUCGGAGGUGAACCGCUACGUCACGGAGCCUGUCAUCACCGCGACCCCCGCCGCCCUUGUCGGCCUGGAGAACCUCCACGGGGAGUUCCACGGUGACUUGAUGAAGUCGCAAUGCAACGGGGAGGACCAGGAGGAGCUGAUCGAGGAGAUCCAGACGGACCCGUUUCCAGACAUGGGUACGUACAUCGUGCUGGCGCCCGCCCAAGCUGCCGCAGCAACCUCGCCUUCUGCCGCUCCUACCACUACUACGUCAGAUCAGGCGCCUGGUACCGAGCCUGGCACAGAUGAUGCGCGGGCGGGACGACCCCCCCUGGCCUCAGUGCAGGAAGAUGCAGUUCCUGGACCAGAUAUCGUGGACUCGGCCGUCACAUACGCGG